UGAUCACUUACGUAACGUGCAUUCGGUAUUCCGGUGCUUCCAUUGUUAUUAGAGCUAGCCUUGCGUGUGGGAGCAAACAUUAGUAUUCGUUAGGUUUUCAGUGCCCGAAUUAUGCCUUGAACGGGUGAAGCCGGUUCAACUGAACAACAGCACCUUUGCAAACGAUCUAACAGCUUUUUGUAGUUACACAGGAGCCCAUUGUACAUCAGAGCGUACUGCUGGCAACUUGACCAACUUUGCCGAGUCAGAUCCCCUAUGUCAACAACGACGGACCAUAUCAGAUCUCGACUCGACGUGUCCUGCUGGCUGGCUUCAGGUACUUGUACAACCUGGCAAGCAUUCUCAGCCCUGAACAUUUCGAGAAUAUACCUUAUAUACCUUAAUGCUGCCAGCCUGUCGGCCCACAAUGACGGACCCCCAGGAACCCGCCCUCGGCGAAUCCGCAAGAAGAUCCCCUCCUCCCGGGUCAUCCAACAGGCUCUCCAGCAACCCGCCGCAACCCCUUCCAGCGCCCACCACCACCAGCACUACCAGCACCACCACCACCCCAGAAGCCAUCCCCUCCAUCCUGUCAACCUGGCAACUAACCGCCGCGCAACACGCCCAAAUCCUCCACAACGAGAUCCUCCCGCGGGAAUUAUACCCCUAUUUGCCUACCCCUCGACCUGCAGAAUCAACCAACCCUGACACACAAUCCCGUCCCCGCCGCCGACCGCUCGCAAUCCUGAUCCUAGGCCAAACAGGCGCAGGCAAGACCCGUCUCGCCCCACUCUUACUUGACGCCCUGCAGCAGCAGCAACAACAGCCCCAUCACAAUGAUGGUAAAGGAGUAGUAGUCCACCUGAUAGCAGACACCUUCAAGACCUACCACCCGCACUACCAAACCUGCCUCCUCACCCACCCCUCCCACGCCUCACGCCUGGCCGGGUCCGACGCAGCCGCCUGGCUGCGCGAAGUAUGUUCCCACGCGGCCCAUGCAGGGGUCGACGUGCUCGUUGAGAGCGCGUGCCGGCGUAGGGGGGAGUUUGAGGCCCUUGUGCGCGUCUUCUCCCCCCCUCAUCCUUCUUCCCACCACCUCUGUUCUGCUUCGUCACUCCCCGAACCACCCGGGGAAAGAGCAGUAGCAGGUUACGAAUAUGAAUAUGACGUCCGAGUAGCCGUGCUCGCCGUCCCCGCAUGCCUCAGCCGUCUGGGGAUCCUGACACGCUACUACCGGCGGCUGCCCGAGGCCGGGCCCGCGAGGGGGUUACCCGUGCGGCUCACCCCGCGGGGAGUGCAUGACGAGAGCUACGCGGGGCUGGCGGCGGCUGUGGGCUGGCUUGACCGACAACAACAAGACGACGGUUGUGGUGGUAGUCCUGCCGUGGUGGGGCGGGUUGUGGUGCUGAGGAGGAACGGGCUGGUGGUGUACGACAACCAGACCAUGGAGGAUGGGCAGGGUGGUAAAGAACGCUGGCGAGACAGGCUCGCAGCACUGGAAGCCUUGGAGAUGGAGCGGGCCAGGGGGUUGUCGCGCGAGGAGGAAGCGGCCGCCGAGGAGGACCUAAGGGUGCUCAGGGGACUCGGGGACCCCAAGGUUGACCGGGAGCUUGACGAGAUUGAGCGACUCAUGGCUGGGUUGCGGGGGCGGCAGGAGGGAGUGUUUCCGGAUCUGAAACCGCUUGAUGUGCAGGACUUUGUGGCCAUCGGCGGGGAAAGGUGAGGGCCGCAGUGUGGUAGAUUGGUAUUACUAGACACAUGGCGGGAUCUGCGAGCUGCUCGUGCAGUCCCACAUAGAGAAGACGGAUAGAACUCCAGGCGGUAGUCAAGAUGCACCA